AACUGCUUACCACAAUCAUUUCCAAAUGAAAACUUCUUGAGUAUCACGGAGAUAUGUCGUGGGGGCCCGUCCCUUCUCAACUUCGUCUGCUCUCUCAGCUCAAAGAUGUGCCUGUCGGUGACAAAGUGAGAUUCUUGGGAUGCGUCAUUUCAUACGACAGUGCAACAGCAUGCCUGAACCUAGGGCACAUGUACCCGCCUGGCACUAACGAGACUGUGCGGGUAAAUAUUGAACUGGCCCUUGAGACGAUUCAGUCAGGAGUAACACAGGUUGGGCAAUGGGUCAAUGUUGUGGGGUACAUUGUCGAGGGCGAGGGCAGUGAGUCGCUUGUGCAUGUCCAGGCCCUGUUGCUGUGGCCGACGGGCCCGUUGGAUAUUGGCAGAUACGAAAAGAGCCUGCAGGAACAGAUGGCAGGGUCCUGACGGGGGGGCUCCAUUUUGUUUGGAAACUCACGAUGAUGGAUGGGGGAAGCCUUGAUACGUCAGGCAGUUUAGCUCUUAGUGCAUUGACGUGGAUGGACUCUGAUACGUUGACAGCAAACUCGAAACAAAACAAUGGCAUAGGAGAGUUGACGGCAUAGAGGAGAAGCCGCGCCACGAGGCAGUGGGGUGCAUAAGCAUAUAAGUACAGUAUGCCCUUUUUGGUAUGACCGUCAAAACAUACUAUUAGAGUCUAGAUCGUAAUCAAUAUUUACAUGUAAAGAGAAAUGGUUGUUGAUAUCCAG